AUGUAUAACGAUUUAACUGCUGUCAUUACCAAGCAUCUCCUUUCUGUUUCGGACAAAUUGAAGGAAGUCAACGAUCCAUUGCUACAUGUUCAGCAAUUCAGCUAUCACUUAAAUCAGUACAAACAAGCCCUAAAAGCCAUAGUAUCUCUAUUUCAUCACCUGAAUCGCUACUAUGUCACGACAGUAUUACACAAAGAUUUAUCCCGAGAAUUAACGAAAUUAUUCAAUCAACAUAUAUCAGAUAAUUCACAAUUAUUUGCUGCAUUGAAUGCACUUGGAAAAAGAUCGUUUGCUAUAGGCCCUGAAAAUUUAAGUGAUAUUAUCCAACAACUAUAUGCAUUAAAUCCAGAUUAUGCAAAGCGCGCACCAGAAGUAUUCGCACGUUUCAUACCUAAUGUAUUUGGCUCUACGGAUGAAUCCGAUAUCCCGGCUUUAAUUCAAUGGACUAAAGAAUUACAAGAACAGUUUCCGCUAAGAGGCGUGUACCCUAGUGCUAAUUCGCAUAAAAGAAAGAUGGACAGCGAUUAG